AGUCAUCCCCCGUACCCCAUUAAACACCAGCAGUGGCUUGACUUCCUUCAGGCAACUCCAGAGAUGCCCCGAGAACACUGUCCCAAGUCUAGAGGAAUACGAACUUCAGCACAGCAACUCGAGGAAUGCUCCGUGUCCCACAAAUCGUCUCGAGAUGAGAGGCUCAAGACGUAUGCCAACUUUCCAGAAGCACCUCAAGGGGAGGCUUCUCUCAGCAAUAGGCUCAAGACGUAUGCCAACUUUCCAGAAGCACCUCAAGAGGAGGCUUCUCUCAGCAAUAGGCUCAAGACGUAUGCCAACUUUCCAGAAGCACCUCAAGAGGAGGCUUCUCUCAGCAAUAGGCUCAAGACGUAUGUCAACUUUCCAGAAGCACCUCAAGGGGAGGCUUCUCUCAGCAAUAGGCUCAAGACGUAUGUCAACUUUCCAGAAGCACCUCAAGGGGAGGCUUCUCUCAGCAAUAGGCUCAAGACGUAUGCCAACUUUCCAGAAGCACCUCAAGAGGAGGCUUCUCUCAGCAAUCGGCUAAAGACGUAUGCCAACUUUCCAGAAGCACCUCAAGAGGAGGCUUCUCUCAGCAAUAGGCUCAAGACGUAUGCCAACUUUCCAGAAGCACCUCAAGAGGAGGCUUCUCUCAGCAAUCGGCUCAAGACGUAUGCCAACUUUCCAGAAGCACCUCAAGAGGAGGCUUCUCUCAGCAAUAGGCUCAAGACGUAUGCCAACUUUCCAGAAGCACCUCAAGAGGAGGCUUCUCUCAGCAAUAGGCAACUCCAGAGAUGCCCCGAGAACACUGUCCCAAGUCUAGAGGAACACCAACUUCAGCACAGCAACUCGAGGAAUGCUCUGUGUACCCCAAAUCGUUUCGAGGUGGGAGCUGAUUCCCGGCUUAGGCUCAAGACAUAUGCCAACUUUCCAAAAGCACCUCCAGAGGAGGCUUCUCUCAGCAAUAGGCUCAAGACGUAUGCCAACUUUCCAGAAGCACCUCAAGAGGAGGCUUCUCUCAGCAAUAGGCUCAAGACGUAUGCCAACUUUCCAGAAGCACCUCAAGAUGAGGCUUCUCUCAGCAAUAGGCUCAAGACGUAUGCCAACUUUCCAGAAGCACCUCAAGAGGAGGCUUCUCUCAGCAAUAGGCUCAAGACGUAUGCCAACUUUCCAGAAGAACCUCAAGAGGAGGCUUCUCUCAGCAAUAGGCUCAAGACGUAUGCCAACUUUGCAGAAGCACCUCAAGGGGAGGCUUCUAUCAACAAUAGGCUCAAGACGUAUGCCAACUUUCCAGAAGCACCUCAAGCGGAGGCUUCUCUCAGCAAUAGGCUCAAGACGUAUGCCAACUUUCCAGAAGCACCUCAAGAGGAGGCUUCUCUCAGCAAUAGGCUCAAGACGUAUGCCAACUUUCCAGAAGCACCUCAAGGGGAGGCUUCUCUCAACAAUAGGCUCAAGACGUAUGCCAACUUUCCAGAAGCACCUCAAGCGGAGGCUUCUCUCAGCAAUAGGCUCAAGACGUAUGCCAACUUUCCAGAAGCACCUCAAGAGGAGGCUUCUCUCAGCAAUAGGCUCAAGACGUAUGCCAACUUUCCAGAAGCACCUCAAGGGGAGGCUUCUCUCAACAAUAGGCUCAAGACGUAUGCCAACUUUCCAGAAGCACCUCAAGCGGAGGCUUCUCUCAGCAAUAGGCUCAAGACGUAUGCCAACUUUCCAGAAGCACCUCAAGAGGAGGCUUCUCUCAGCAAUAGGCUCAAGACGUAUGCCAACUUUCCAGAAGCACCUCAAGGGGAGGCUUCUCUCAACAAUAGGCUCAAGACGUAUGCCAACUUUCCAGAAGCACCUCAAGAUGAGGCUUCUCUCAGCAAUAGGCUCAAGACGUAUGCCAACUUUCCAGAAGCACCUCAAGAGGAGGCUUCUCUCAGCAAUAGGCUCAAGACGUAUGCCAACUUUCCAGAAGCACCUCAAGAGGAGGCUUCUAUCAGCAAUCGGCUCAAGACGUAUGCCAACUUUCCAGAAGCACCUCAAGAGGAGGCUUCUCUCAGCAAUAGGCUCAAGACGUAUGCCAACUUUCCAGAAGCACCUCAAGAGGAGGCUUCUAUCAGCAAUCGGCUCAAGACGUAUGCCAACUUUCCAGAAGCACCUCAAGAGGAGGCUUCUCUCAGCAAUAGGCUCAAGACGUAUGCCAACUUUCCGGAAGCACCUCAAGAGGAGGCUUCUCUCAGCAAUAGGGUCAAGACGUAUGCCAACUUUCCAGAAGCACCUCAAGGGGAGGCUUCUCUCAGCAAUAGGCUCAAGACGUAUGCCAACUUUCCGGAAGCACCUCAAGGGGAGGCUUCUCUCAGCAAUAGGCUCAAGACGUAUGCCAACUUUCCGGAAGCACCUCAAGGGGAGGCUUCUCUCAGCAAUAGGCUCAAGACGUAUGCCAACUUUCCAGAAGCACCUCAAGGGGAGGCUUCUCUCAGCAAUAGGCUCAAGACGUAUGCCAACUUUCCAGAAGCAUCUCAAGGGGAGGCUUCUCUCAGCAAUAGGCUCAAGACGUAUGCCAACUUUCCAGAAGCACCUCAAGGGGAGGCUUCUCUCAGCAAUAGGCUCAAGACGUAUGCCAACUUUCCAGAAGCACCUCAAGGGGAGGCUUCUCUCAGCAAUAGGCUCAAGACGUAUGCCAAAUUUCCGGAAGCACCUCAAGGGGAGGCUUCUCUCAGUAAUAGGCUCAAGACGUAUGCCAACUUUCCAGAAGCACCUCAAGGGGAGGCUUCUCUCAGCAAUAGGCUCAAGACGUAUGCCAACUUUCCAGAAGCACCUCAAGGGGAGGCUUCUCUCAGCAAUAGGCUCAAGACGUAUGCCAACUUUCCAGAAGCAUCUCAAGGGGAGGCUUCUCUCAGCAAUAGGCUCAAGACGUAUGCCAACUUUCCAGAAGCACAUCAAGGGGAGGCUUCUCUCAGCAAUAGGCUCAAGACGUAUGCCAACUUUCCAGAAGCACCUCAAGGGGAGGCUUCUCUCAGCAAUAGGCUCAAGACGUAUGCCAACUUUCCAGAAGCAUCUCAAGGGGAGGCUUCCCUCAGCAAUAGGCUCAAGACGUAUGCCAACUUUCUAGAAGCACCUCAAGGGGAGGCUUCCCUCAGCAAUAGGCUCAAGACGUAUGCCAACUUUCCAGAAGCACCUCAAGGGGAGGCUUCCCUCAGCAAUAGGCUCAAGACGUAUGCCAACUUUCCAGAAGCACCUCAAGGGGAGGCUUCUCUCAGCAAUAGGCUCAAGACGUAUGCCAACUUUCCAGAAGCACCUCAAGGGGAGGCUUCUCUCAGCAAUAGGCUCAAGACGUAUGCCAACUUUCCAGAAGCACCUCAAGGGGAGGCUUCCCUCAGCAAUAGGCUCAAGACGUAUGCCAACUUUCCAGAAGCACCUCAAGGGGAGGCUUCCCUCAGCAAUAGGUUCAAGACGUAUGCCAAUUUUCCAGAAGCACCUCAAGCGGAGGAUUCUCUCAGCAAUAGGCUCAAGACGUAUGCCAACUUUCCAGAAGCACCUCAAGAGGAGGCUUCUGUCAGCAAUAGGCUCAAGACGUAUGCCAACUUUCCAGAAGCACCUCAAGAGGAGGCUUCUCUCAGCAAUAGGCUCAAGACGUAUGCCAACUUUCCAGAAGCACCUCAAGGGGAGGUUUCUCUCAGCAAUAGGUUCAAGACGUAUGCCAACUUUCCAGAAGCACCUCAAGGGGAGCCUUCUCUCAGCAAUAGGCUCAAGACGUAUGCCAACUUUCCAGAAGCACCUCAAGAGGAGGCUUCUCUCAGCAAUAGGCUCAAGACGUAUGCCAACUUUCCAGAAGCACCUCAAGGGGAGGCUUCUCUCAGCAAAAGGCUCAAGACGUAUGCCAACUUUCCAGAAGCACCUCAAGGGGAGCCUUCUCUCAGCAAUAGGCUCAAGACGUAUGCCAACUUUCCAGAAGCACCUCAAGGGGAGCCUUCUCUCAGCAAUAGGCUCAAGACGUAUGCCAACUUUCCAGAAGCACCUCAAGGGGAGCCUUCUCUCAGCAAUAGGCUCAAGACGUAUGCCAACUUUCCGGAAGCACCUCAAGGGGAGGCUUCUCUCAGCAAAAGGUUCAAGACGUAUGCCAACUUUCCAGAAGCACUUCAAGGGGAGACUUCUCUCAGCAAUAGGCUCAAGACGUAUGCCAACUUUCCAGAAGCACCUCAAGGGGAGGCUUCUCUCAGCAAUAGGCUCAAGACGUAUGCCAACUUUCCAGAAGCACCUCAAGGGGAGGCUUCUCUCAGCAAUAGGCUAAAGACGUAUAACAACUUUCCAGAAGCACCUCAAGAGGAGGCUUCUCUCAGCAAUCGGCUCAAGACGUAUGCCAACUUUCCAGAAGCACCUCAAGAGGAGGCUUCUCUCAGCAAUAGGCUCAAGACGUAUGCCAACUUUCCAGAAGCACCUCAAGAGGAGGCUUCUCUCAGCAAUAGGCUCAAGACGUAUGCCAACUUUCCAGAAGCACCUCAAGAGGAGGCUUCUCUCAGCAAUAGGCUCAAGACGUACGCCAACUUUCCAGAAGCACCUCAAGGGGAGGCUUCUCUCAGCAAUAGGUUCAAGACGUAUGCCAACUUUCCAGAAGCACCUCAAGCGGAGGAUUCUCUCAGCAAUAGGCUCAAGACGUAUGCCAACUUUCCAGAAGCACCUCAAGAGGAGGCUUCUCUCAGCAAUAGGCUCAAGACGUAUGCCAACUUUCCAGAAGCACCUCAAGGGGAGCCUUCUCUCAGCAAUAGGCUCAAGACGUAUGCCAACUUUCCAGAAGCACCUCAAGAGGAGGCUUCUCUCAGCAAUAGGCUCAAGACGUAUGCCAACUUUCCAGAAGCACCUCAAGGGGAGCCUUCUCUCAGCAAUAGGCUCAAGACGUAUGCCAACUUUCCAGAAGCACCUCAAGAGGAGGCUUCUCUCAGCAAUAGGCUCAAGACGUAUGCCAACUUUCCAGAAGCACCUCAAGAGGAGGCUUCUCUCAGCAAUAGGCUCAAGACGUAUGCCAACUUUCCAGAAGCACCUCAAGGGGAGCCUUCUCUCAGCAAUAGAUGCGAGAUGAGUCCUGAUUCCCUGCAGUGCAUGCAGAGUAUUCCCGUGAUCACCAUCAAACAAGUCAGGAGCUUCGACUUGCUUAAUGGAUCUCGAGACAGUCCCCAAGAACACUGUCACAAGUCUAGACAGACCCUGAGGCUCAAGACGGAUGCCAACUUUCCAAAAGCACCUCAAGGGGAGCUUUCUAUCAGCAAUAGGCUCAAGACGUAUGCCAACUUUCCAGAAGAACCUCAAGGGGAGCCUUCUCUCAGCAAUAGGCUCAAGACGUAUGCCAACUUUCCAGAAGCACCUCAAGGGGAGCCUUCUCUCAGCAAUAGGCUCAAGACGGAUGCCAACUUUCCAAAAGCACCUCAAGGGGAGCUUUCUAUCAGCAAUAGGCUCAAGACGUAUGCCAACUUUCCAGAAGCACCUCAAGGGGAGCCUUCUCUCAGCAAUAGGCUCAAGACGUAUGCCAACUUUCCAGAAGCACCUCAAGGGGAGCCUUCUCUCAGCAAUAGGCUCAAGACGGAUGCCAACUUUCCAAAAGCACCUCAAGGGGAGCUUUCUAUCAGCAAUAGGCUCAAGACGUAUGCCAACUUUCCAGAAGCACCUCAAGGGGAGCCUUCUCUCAGCAAUAGGCUCAAGACGUAUGCCAACUUUCCAGAAGCACCUCAAGGGGAGCCUUCUCUCAGCAAUAGGCUCAAGACGUAUGCCAACUUUCCAGCAGCACCUCAAGGGGAGCCUUCUCUCAGCAAUAGGCUCAAGACGUAUGCCAACUUUCCAGCAGCACCUCAAGGGGAGCCUUCUCUCAGCAAUAGGCUCAAGACGUAUGCCAACUUUCCAGAAGCACCUCAAGGGGAGCCUUCUCUCAGCAAUAGGCUCAAGACGUAUGCCAACUUUCCAGAAGCACCUCAAGGGGAGCCUUCUCUCAGCAAUAGGCUCAAGACGUAUGCCAACUUUCCAGAAGCACCUCAAGGGGACCCUUCUCUCAGCAAUAGGCUCAAGACGGAUGCCAACUUUCCAAAAGCACCUCAAGGGGAGCUUUCUAUCAGCAAUAGGCUCAAGACGUAUGCCAACUUUCCAGAAGCACCUCAAGGGGACCCUUCUCUCAGCAAUAGGCUCAAGACGUAUGCCAACUUUCCAGAAGCACCUCAAGGGGAGCCUUCUCUCAGCAAUAGGCUCAAGACGGAUGCCAACUUUCCAAAAGCACCUCAAGGGGAGCUUUCUAUCAGCAAUAGGCUCAAGACGUAUGCCAACUUUCCAGAAGCACCUCAAGGGGAGCCUUCUCUCAGCAAUAGGCUCAAGACGUAUGCCAACUUUCCAGAAGCACCUCAAGGGGAGCCUUCUCUCAGCAAUAGGCUCAAGACGUAUGCCAACUUUCCAGAAGCACCUCAAGGGGAGCCUUCUCUCAGCAAUAGGCUCAAGACGUAUGCCAACUUUCCAGAAGCACCUCAAGAGGAGGCUUCUCUCAGCAAUAGGCUCAAGACGUAUGCCAACUUUCCAGAAGCACCUCAAGGGGAGCCUUCUCUCAGCAAUAGGCUCAAGACGGAUGCCAACUUUCCAAAAGCACCUCAAGGGGAGCUUUCUAUCAGCAAUAGGCUCAAGACGUAUGCCAACUUUCCAGAAGCACCUCAAGGGGAGGCUUCUCUCAGCAAGAGGCUCAAGACGUAUGCCAACUUUCCAGAAGCACCUCAGGAGGAGGCUUCUCUCAGCAAUAGGCUCAAGACGUAUGCCAACUUUCCAGAAGCACCUCAGGAGGAGGCUUCUCUCAGCAAUAGGCUCAAGACGUAUGCCAACUUUCCAGAAGCACCUCAAGGGGAGCCUUCUCUCAGCAAUAGGCUCAAGACGUAUGCCAACUUUCCAGAAGCACCUCAAGAGGAGGCUUCUCUCAGCAAUAGGCUCAAGACGGAUGCCAACUUUCCAAAAGCACCUCAAGGGGAGCUUUCUAUCAGCAAUAGGCUCAAGACGUAUGCCAACUUUCCAGAAGCACCUCAAGGGGAGCCUUCUCUCAGCAAGAGGCUCAAGACGUAUGCCAACUUUCCAGAAGCACCUCAAGGGGAGCCUUCUCUCAGCAAUAGGCUCAAGACGGAUGCCAACUUUCCAAAAGCACCUCAAGGGGAGCUUUCUAUCAGCAAUAGGCUCAAGACGUAUGCCAACUUUCCAGAAGCACCUCAAGGGGAGCCUUCUCUCAGCAAGAGGCUCAAGACGUAUGCCAACUUUCCAGAAGCACCUCAGGAGGAGGCUUCUCUCAGCAAUAGGCUCAAGACGUAUGCCAACUUUCCAGAAGCACCUCAAGGGGAGCCUUCUCUCAGCAAUAGGCAACUCGAGAGAUGCCCCGAGAACACUGUCCCAAGUCUAGAGGAAUACGAACUUCAGCACAGCAACUCGUGGAAUGCUCCGUGUACCCCAAAUCGUUUCGAGAGCCAUCUGCCGUUCCGCAUUAAACACUACCAGUGGCUUGACCUCCUUCAGACAACUCCAGAGAUGCCCCGAGAACACUGUCCCAAGUCUAGAGGAAAACCUCCUUUAGCACAGCAACUCGAGGAAUGCUUCCUGUAUGCCAAAUCUUCUCGAGUUGAGAGCUGA